AUGGCAGAAACAGUUCUCUCUUUUGUGCUGCGUCAACUCUCAACUCUUCUGCGCGACGAGGGACGACUAUUGGGAGGGCUUCAGCAAGAGGUUCAAUUCAUCAUGGAUGAGUUGGGGCACAUGAGAGCUUUCCUGAAAGAGGCAGAAGCAAAAGAAGAAGACGCUCAACCCAGGCUCCAAGAAUGGAUCAAGCAAGUGCGAGAGGCUGCUUAUGACACUGAAGACAUUCUUGAUGAAUUUGUAGCUCGCUUUGCUCGGCAUCACGCAACAGGAUUCUACGGCUCUGUUCGGAGAAUUUUCUGCUCCAUCAAGAAUUUGAGAGCUGGUCAUCGAGUUGCUAGCGAAAUACAAAGCAUCAAGUCCAGAAUCAAAAGUAUUUCUGAAGGUCAUCAAAGAUACCAAUCCGAAUAUGGUAUCUCUGCCCCAGCGUCCAACUCACUUCCUGCUGUGAACAACACAACAUGGCGCUAUAGCAGGGAUGAUGCGCUGCUUGUGGAAGAAGCUAAAUUAGUUGGCAUUGACCAGCCCAAGAAACCAUCGACGUCCAACUCACUUCCUGCUGUGAACAACACAACAUGGCGCUAUAGCAGGGAUGAUGCGCUGCUUGUGGAAGAAGCUAAAUUAGUUGGCAUUGACCAGCCCAAGAAGCAUCUAAUUUCUCAGCUCCUCGAAGGGGAUGAUUACCAACUGAAAGCUGUUUCAGUGGUUGGUAUGGGAGGACUUGGCAAAACUACCCUGGUGAAAAAAGUCCAUGAGGAUCCUGAAGUUAGAAGGCAUUUCCCAGUUCGUGCUUGGGUAACUGUCUCUCAAACAUGCGACUUUCGGGAACUCCUGAAAGACUUGAUUCGGCAGUUACACGAGGAAGGGAUGAAACCAGUCCCACAAUCGAUCGAGUCUAUGACUACCACUGAGCUGAAAAAAUUUAUCAAGGAUUUUCUUCAACAAGCUGGAAGGUAUGCAAUUGUUUUUGAUGAUGUGUGGGAUGUGGAAUUUUGGAAUACCAUCAAAUUUGCACUGCCGGAGAGUAGCCACGGCAACCGUGUCAUGCUAACAACUCGACAAGCUGACGUAGCCUCUGCCUCUUGUACAGAAUCUCUAGGUUAUAUCCACAGAAUGGAGCCACUGUCCUUUGAAGAUUCGUGGACCCUGUUUUGUAACAAGAUCUUUAAGGGAAAUAGUUGCCCUGGCCAUUUGAUGGAUGUUGCCAAAGGUAUAUUGGAUAAAUGUGAGGGCUUGCCCCUUGCAAUCCUUGCAACCAGUGGGCUUUUGGCUUUGAAAGAUGUAAACAGAGGAAUGGGAGAUGGUUCGACGCAGUCUUGGAGGUGA